UCCCUUUCUCUUAUCACAUUCAUACAUAUCAAGGAGCUCCACCAUGCCUUCGUUGUACUCUACCAACAUGAGGCUAAAGUUUCCAGUCUUGGCCAUAUCUUUGGAGAUUCUUACAAUUAUUUUAUUUGGAGUAUUUGUGACCUAUGAUAAAAUUGAUGCUCAUCAUGGCCCACAAAAUAGCAGUCAUUCAAAUGAAGAACCCGACUUCAGUGCUUUGUACCCUGUGUUCCAAGACGUGCACGUGAUGAUCUUCAUUGGUUUCGGAUUCCUGAUGACAUUCUUGAAGAGAUACAGCUUCAGCAGUGUCGGCCUCAACAUGCUCCUGGCUGCCUUUGGUCUUCAAUGGGGCAUGCUGAUGCAAGGACUUUGGCAUAUGCACCAUGGCAAAAUCCAAGUCAACAUUUAUAGUAUGAUCAAUGCGGAUUUCAGCACAGCAACUGUUCUCAUUUCAUUUGGAGCUGUCUUGGGAAAAACAAGUCCCGUCCAGCUCCUGAUAAUGACAAUUUUGGAAAUCACCAUAUUUGCAAUGAAUGAACAUCUUGUUGUUGAAAUACUACAGGCAAGUGAUGUUGGUGCUUCAAUGGUAAUCCAUGCUUUUGGAGCUUACUUUGGGUUGGCUGUAGCCCGCAUGCUCUACAGACCUGGUCUCAGCAAUGGCCAUGAAAAUGAUGGUUCUGUGUACCACUCUGACCUCUUCGCCAUGAUUGGGACAAUUUUCCUGUGGAUGUUCUGGCCAAGUUUUAAUUCUGCCAUCGCCGAGUCCCCUCAAGAGCAAUACACAGCUGUCGUCAACACGUACCUGUCCCUGGCAGCUUGUGUGCUCUCCGCAUAUGCCAUCUCAAGCCUGGUGGAAAAAAAAGGAAAACUGGACAUGGUGCACAUCCAGAAUGCUACACUGGCAGGUGGGGUUGCAGUCGGCACUUGUGCAGAUAUGGCCAUUGGGCCUUACGGUGCCAUGCUGAUAGGGCUUACGGCUGGAAUCAUCUCCACUGUGGGAUUCAAGUUUCUGACACCUGUCUUUUCAUCAAAACUGGGUAUCCAAGACACCUGUGGUGUUCAUAACCUCCAUGGUAUGCCUGGAAUCCUAGGAGGGAUUGCUGGUAUCAUAGCUGUGGCACUGGGAGCAAAAAGUGGAAAUGUUGUCAUGCAAGUGGCAGCCUUGGCAUCAUCUGUGGGCAUCGCCAUUGUGGGAGGAGCUGUGACAGGUCUUAUUAUGAAGCUGCCCUUUUUAGGACAACCGCCAGAUCAAAACUGCUUUGAUGAUGCUGUUUAUUGGGAGGUACCUGAAGAAGAGGAAGAGCAUGAGGAGAACAUGACUCACGGCGACCACUCCAAGAACAAGGCAGAGCCCUGAAGACCAGCUACAUCGAGACUACCUUCAGCAACCUUCGAAUAAUACACAGAUUAGGAGAUACUUGUGCCAUCUCACUUAGGUGUCCGAUUUGAAAAUUUCAUUCAUGAAUUAUGGUUCAGCAUUGCUUUUUAUAUUAUUUUGGCUUUUAGCUACAGGAGUGUUUUCCUUGGGUCUACACACAUACAUAUAUCUAAAAUGAAAGGUAUGUUUUAUGCUAAAUAUAAGAAAUAAAAAGUUAAUUUUAGGACAUCAUUCAAAAAAAAAUCCUAAAACCUCUACUAAAAUGUAAUG